AAAGUACCGUUCCAUUUUGCACAAUUUCCCAAAAUUGUAAAAAAAAAAUCAUACAAUUAUUUUAAAAUUUGACUUCUCGCAUAAGUUUUUAUUCAAACUUCAAACUUUACACUUUACACAUCUGUUUUUACGUAUUUUGUAAUUAUAUAAUUUUCUAUUGAUGGUAAAACUAGAUUUACUAGCCGUUAUUGUUGGCAUAAUUAGCUACUUUCAGUUAUCAUGGGAACAGCAGACAGGUGUAUUGGAAAAAUCCAAUUUUCUACAAAUGGAGAAAGAUUUCUUGACAACAACAAAUGAGAUGAAUAUUUGGCAAAAACCUGAAUGGAGAUCACGAACCCAAAGCGAACGAAUUGAUGCAAGCACAACUUUUCGUCCGACUCCAGCGUAUCCUUGGCUAUCCAAGGAUCAAUUCUCUAAAUUUCCAAAUAAUUUGAAAACAGAUGAAAUGAAAUCAAAUAUACCGCUCAGAGCACGUAGUCGCAUCAAUGAUAAUUUCAAAAUUGAGCCUCGCGCCGCUCGACGAUAUUAUCCCCGGAACAUUUGCAGCAGUAUGUGCAUCGAAAUCGACUGUGUACAAUGUGCCCAAAGUUAUGGAUUGGCUGGGCCGUAACAUGUAUGUCAAUGUAACGUAUGAAACAAAAGGUGCCUUAAUGAACGAUCGUCCCAUCUGGUACGAUCUGAGAUUUUACCUGUAUACCGUGGGCAGAUCAGAAGAAUGUCAUAGCACUGAACUAGCUACGUGGAAACCGUAUCUUGAGUGCGCAUUGUUACGCAAUCAACGCAUGGAAUAUAUGAUACCCAAAUAUCCAUUGCAUCAGCUAGGCUAUAUUUUUCGUUAUACAAAACAAAUGGAUGAAAGACCCUACAACAAAGACAGUUCUUACAAACCUCGAUAUGAUUGGAAGGACUAUUGGGCGGCCGCCGAUUGAAAAUAAAGAAUUGUCUUAUAAAAAUGUU